AUGAUAGAAACGGAGCGCGAGGACUUCGAACGGGGUAGAAAAUAUCUGGCUCAGAUUAUGGGUGAAGAUCCAGAUACUUUCAAUCAAGAAAAAAUCGACGAAGCGAUUGCUUACUUGUUCCCUUCUGGUCUUUUCAGUCACAGAGCCAGACCAAAAAUGAAACCACCUGAAGAAGUGUUUCCAAAGAAGAAGGAGCUUCAGUGCGAUUCCACUGGGAGACCGUUGCAUAGUCUGUUCUACACCAGACGACCUCACUACUACGCCAUUAUGCAUGAGGCUGUUUAUCAUUUGGAGGCGUUAAAAAACGAAUGGGAUUCUAUGUACAUAAACAAAGAUCAUAACCCACUGAAAACUCGCAAAGAACUGUAA